GUCAGUGUUUCCCGUGCGUUCGAUCGUUGAAGUCACUCGCCGUCGGAAUAGUUUCGCGAUCGUUUCUCUCGCUGCCACAGUGCUGUAAGUGUGUCUCUCCCAGUGUGUGUGAGUGUCUCUUUCGCAUCGAGAAGGCGUCGACGGGGCAAACUAGCGUAAACGCGUGGAGUGUGGAUCCGUUUCCACCCAAAAGACAUUACAGUGUGAAAGGAAACAGAGUUCGUUUAGUGACUUUUAGUGACAAAAGCAACCACAAUGAACCACACCCGGCAACGGUUGAUACGUGAGCUGACUGCGGUGCGUACGAUCGCUCAACCAAGGACGGCCGUGCAGCUUCAGCGACAGCAGCAGCAGCAGCAGCAGCAGACCCGUUGCAGCAGCACAGACCGCCCGAUCCGAUACACACACUCUACCGCCUCCUGUCCGCACAUGGUCGAGGCACUGAACGUCGGAGCGGACGGUGCACAGACGACGGCCAGCAGUAGUAGCAGCAGCAGUGCACGCAACACGAUCCGGCUGGAAGAUGCGCGGCCCUACUCGGAAGUGCCCGGACCGAAACCGCUGCCAAUACUGGGCAACACCUGGCGUGUUUUCCCCAUCAUCGGCCAGUACAAGAUAUCGGAUGUGGCGAUGAUAUCGUUCCUGUUGCACCGCGACUACGGCCGCAUCGUGCGGCUCGGUGGAUUGAUCGGCCGCCCGGAUCUGCUGUUCGUGUACGACUGUGACGAAAUCGAGAAGGUGUACCGUAAUGAGGGCCCAACACCGUUCCGACCCUCCAUGCCCAGCCUCGUGAAGUACAAGAGUGAGCUGAGGAAAGACUUCUUCGGCGAUCUUCCCGGUGUCGUUGGAGUUCACGGUGAACCAUGGCGUGAGUUUCGCUCGCGCGUCCAAAAACCCGUCCUUCAGCUGUCCACCGUCCGGCGGUACGUGUCCCCGCUCGAGCAGGUGACGGAAGAGUUCAUCGACCGGUGCCAGCAGCUGCUGGACGAUCGCAAGGAGCUGCCCGCCGAUUUCGACAACGAGAUCCACAAAUGGUCGCUGGAGUGCAUUGGGCUGGUGGCGCUCGACACCCGGCUCGGGUGUUUGGAGCCGAAUCUGGAUCCGAAAUCGGAGCCGCAGCAAAUCAUCAACGCGGCCAAGUAUGCGCUGCGCAAUGUGGCCACGCUCGAGCUGAAGGCACCGUACUGGCGCUACUUCCCGACGCCCGUCUGGUACAAGUACGUCAGCAACAUGGACUACUUCGUCAAAGUUUGCAUGAAGUACAUCAAGAAUGCAACGCAGCGGAUGAAGCUGAACGAAGGCCGUGCACUAGACGGCGAACCUUCGCUGCUGGAGCGUGUCAUCAAGAGCGAAAACGACGAGAAGCUGGCCGUUGUGAUGGCGCUUGAUUUGAUACUGGUUGGAAUCGAUACGAUUUCGAUGGCAGUCUGCUCGAUUCUCUACCAACUCGCCACCCGGCCAGCCGAGCAGCAGAAGCUGUACGAAGAGCUGAAGCGGCUCAUGCCCGACCCGAAGACACCGCUCACGAUCCAGCUGCUCGAUCAGGCCCACUACCUGAAGGCAUUUAUCAAGGAGGUGCUGCGGGUGUACAGCACCGUCAUCGGCAAUGGGCGCACCCUGCAGGAGGACACCGUCAUCUGUGGCUACCGAAUUCCGAAAGGGGUCCAGUGCGUGUUUCCGAAUCUAGUCCUCGGCACGAUGGAGGAGUACGUGUCCGAUGCGCAACGGUUCAAGCCGGAACGGUGGCUGAAGCCGGCACAGGGCGGUUCCGGUGAUCAGCUGCACCCGUUCGCCUCCCUGCCGUACGGGUACGGGGCGCGCAUGUGUCUCGGCCGACGGUUUGCCGAUCUGGAGAUGCAGAUACUGCUGGCGAAGCUGCUGCGCUCGUUCAAGCUCGAGUACCACCACAAACCGCUCAAGUACGAGGUGACGUUCAUGUACGCGCCCGAGGGUGCGCUCAAGUUUAAGAUGACGCCGCGGGAAGAGUAGGGAGAGUUAGGGCGAAGGAGAAAGGGUUUUUUUUGUUUGUUAAAUUAGGGAUUUUGUUUAAUAUACACUCAAGAGAAAGCGGAAACGCUAAAUAAACUGUUUGAAUAGGAGCGAUCGAACGAAUCUCGAAAGGAAAGGGCGUGUAGCAGCACGAAAGAACGGCUAGAACGGCUGGGGACACUCCAGAAUGUACUGCCUCAAGGCGUUGCACUGCGCACUGUUGCUCCAAAUGUGCGGCGGACAGUUCUGCAACGGAAAACGGCUUGCAAUGGAACCGCGAAGAAGCAGCAAAGAGACACAGCGACGGUGCUUACCACAAAGUUUUUGAUGUUAACACACCCCACAAAAUCAACGCCCAAGCUACUGCAGCCUGUUGGGCUGCUUGCACCACCACCACCAGCACCCACGGUUUGGAAGCACUGCAACGCACUGCUCUGGAACAGCUGCAUGACGGCCGGAUCGUUCUGCGUGGCCGUCACGAUCACGUGCAGUAUGUUGGCCUGAUCGAGCACACCGCCCACUAGCGUACCCGUUGCGUUAAGAGCGCACUCUACAAAGCACUGCGGAGUUGAAGUUCAAGCAAGUUAAAAUACAGCUACUAAGCGAAGAGAGUGAGCUCACCUUGCCCCGCUCGUAUAUUAGCUUCCGCUGAAGCGGUUCCCCACCGUACAGUGUCUUGCAGUUGCGCAGCAGCUCCUCAUCGAUCAGUGAAGGCAGCUGGCAGCAGUCUUUUGGAUGCUGGUGAUGGUUUGCAUUAUUAGUAGGCUUAGUAGCCAGAACGGUAGUCCUACCACUUACCACUUCCAACGGUGGCUGAUUGCAGUGAACGGCGGGCUGCCCCUCGGCUUGAAAGGGAAGAGCCGCGCAACA